AACAAUAGGAAAAAUAUACCAGGAGCCGGGGAGAAGCAUGAACAGUGAGGAAUCUUUUCAGUUGAUUAAUUUUAAACAAGUGCAGCUGUUACAAUCUCAUACAUUACUGUUGUCUGUUCCUGCAGCGAGAGGGCACUUUGAUGGGCACUGCAAUUGGAACCUGCUUUGGUUAUUGGCUGGGUGUUUCCUCCUUUGUCUACUUCCUGGGCUAUUUAUGUAACGCACAGAUUACAAUGUUGCAGAUGCUGUCUCUACUGGGUUAUGGUCUGUUUGGACCCUGCAUUGUGUUGCUUGUCACCUACAAUGUUCAUCUCCAUUCCCUUUUCUAUCUAUUGUGGCUUAUCGUUGGAGGACUGUCCACACUCAGAAUGGUCACAGUGUUGCUGUCUCGCACAGUUGGACAAACUCAACGACUUGCCGUCUGUGGAAUGCUAGCUACCCUGCAUAUGGUCUUCCUGCUGUACUUGCACUUUGCUUACCACAGAAUUGUAGAAGGUAUCCUAGAUACCUUGGAGGGACCCAACGCUGGGCCAGUGAGAUAUCCUCGGGACAUACCAGAACUUUCUGUCACUUUGUUGAACAACACAGUGAAGUCGAUUGGAGCCAGCCUGCAGAUGCAUUGACUUGGAAUUGUCUUCUGGUUCUUUCUUCCUAGCGUCAACUCUCCUAGAGACAUUUGAUGUUCACCAGGCUGGAUGCAAGGAAAGCCUUAGGUUUUCCUGUAUACUGCUUCAACAGCAGUUUGUGUUCUUUAGAUAAACUCUCAUCGUGGUGGUGCAGGCAGGGGCGUGGUUGUCAAUUCCACUCCAUCUUAAUUGAUCAAAAUAAUCUGUACAUAAUUGAGCUGUAACUUUUUAAAGAUAUAUAUAUAUCUGCGUCUGUGUAUGUUUAAAAUCUGAUAGUAUUUACGUGUUUUUCUGUGCUUGCAAGGGUUGCUGUACAGUUCAUGGCCGAUUAACUAUAAAUCACAUUUUCCUGUUCAGGCAGGAAAGUUUCCACAAAACAUAUCUGCUCCACCUCGGGUUCAUCAUAAAAUGUCACCCGCCCUUCAUCCACAACAAUCCAGUUCCCACCUCCCUCCACAAGAAACAUAAUCCACUUCCUCUAAAGUGUCUAAUGAAGACAACGUCUCAUCUAGAUUUUGCUGUUAGCUCAUCCAAGGUAUUACAGUUAUGCUAAGUACCUCGAGGCGAGGGCGGGAAGAGAUGUCUUGGAUUCUCUCCUGUCUGCAAGCGAGGCACCUGCAUUGGAUGCUGAUAAGGACAGGCACUGUCUUGGCAUCAGAGUCUGUUAGCCUGCUAAUACCCCCUGUCAAGGCUCAAGUACACGCAAUCAUUGUCAGGUGAAGGACAGUCCUUGGGAGCUUGUUCACUAGGGAGUCAUUGCCAUUGGAGACACGGGAGAAAAUUUAGAAUGAAGUGAAUUGUUACAAAUGAUGUAUCAUUUAUUUAAAGCUCAAUGCAAGAUAUAAUAGUGGCACUGUUCUUUGUUGAUACAUGUUGUUACUUAUUUUCAGUCUGUUUUCCAGCUCCCUCUCUCUCAGCUUAUACAUUAAACUGAGGCCAAUCUUCGCUCUCUGGGUGUGAAAUUUCCCAAAGAGUUAUUUUUGAAGAUGAGCAGAGGAGUUCUUCUGGUGUCCUGGCCAAUAGUUAUCACCUGAACAGAUAAUGCAAUCACUUAUUUUGUUGCUGUUUUAAUGAUCUUUGUGUAAAUCAGCUACAUUACAACAAAAGCACUUCAUUCAAUGUAAAUAUUUUAGGACAUGCUGAGAUCAUGAAAGGUGCUGUAUAGAUUUAAAUAUUUUUCCUACUUGUGCAAUAUUUUUAAUCUAAAUUGUACAAUAAGCUUUGGCAAGUAAAUGGACUGGAGCUGGACUGGUAAACAAUUAAUCACAAUGUAAUAUUUGGUACAUUUCAACAUGCUGCAUUAGCAAGUGCUCUUGUCAGGAGCAUCGUUCAAAUCCAUUCCAGAAUUUAACAUAGCUAUUUGUAUCUCUUUUGUCACUGCCAUAUUGCUGAAGUGAGCCACCACCUGUGUGCCCACUGUUGUUUAUAGAUCUGUUUGUGCUCCCUGUUCCCCCAUCACUGCUACCAUUCUCUAGCUGUUUGCACUGCUUUUCCCGUUGUUGAAUAUCUCCUGCAUUAAUACCGAUAAACAGAUGGGAAAUGAAGGGUAAAACAAGUUAUCUUAUAAUGAUAAUUAAAAGCUGUUAAAAGACAAGUAUUGUAAAAUUGAAAAAAUUUGAUUUGAAGUGGAAUUUUACUUCUGUGUAUCACGCUAAAUAGAUAACGGACAGUAAGUAGGCUUGAACUUUUGAAAGAGAACAUGAACUAAGUGGUUAAUUCUGUUAUCUAUAGCAACACAUCCACAAUCAUCCAUUCCCUCCGCUACUGAUGCUCAGUAGUAGCAGUGUGUGUACUAUCUAUAAGAUGCACUGCAGAAAUUCACCAAAGAUUCUUACCUUAAACAGCCUUCCAAACCCACAACCACUUCCAUCUAGAACGACAAGAGCAGCAGAUAUAUGGGAACACCACCACCUUCAAGUACCCCUCCAACCCACCCACCAUCCUGACUUGGAAAAGUAUCACUGUUCCUUCAUUGUCACUUGGUCAAAAUCCUGGAAUUCCUUCUUGAAUGGCAAUAUGGAUCAACCUAUAGCAGGUGAACUGCAGCAGUUCAAGGAGGCAGCUCACUACCACCUUCUCAAAGGUAACGAGGGAUAGGAAAAAAAAAAUGUUGGUCAGCCAUUGAUGUCCAUGUUCCACAAAUGAAUUUUUAAAAAUGAAGCUCAGCAGUCGUACGGUGUUACUGGUAAGCGAGGCUAGCUCAGUCAUCUGAACCCAGAGUGCGGCUGGAAAUACCUGAUGUGAAGGUCAGCUGUGGUCGUAGUAAGUUGGUUAAGAUGUUUUUUGAGGUUCUUCUAGAUACUGACUGCAAAAGCUGGAAAUUUGUGGGCGAAGGUCCCCAACAGAGUACUUGUCAAUCAACAGUUGUUAUAAAUAUUCGUAAAUCAGAAAUCUACAGAGGUGAAUAAAUACACAGGAGAUGAAACCUGCACAAUGCUCGAAAGAGGUGCAAACAAAAUUAUGUAUUCUGGUUAGCAGGUCAGUGUGGCAUUACACACAAUCAAUGUAAGUGCCAACACCAUUCUCACCAGACAAGCCUUUAUUAAAGCCUUUGACUUUUA